AUGUUUGACAAUUGCCUCGUCCCCGACGGAAACCUCCACGAUUACACCCAGCGAAACUCUCUAAAGAUCGUGGACGUGGCCGGAGGAAGCCAACUCAAAGGCACGGCCACGGGAAUCCUACACUGCACCGUCAAGGACAAUCGAGGACAGCAAUUGCGCGUGCGGAUUCAGGGACUCAUCGUUCCGGGACUUGGUCGCAACAUUUUUUCGCCCACCUCCCUCCUGAAAAAGGGAUUGCGCUGCGUCGUCGAAGAGAGCACUCCGCACCUCCCUAUCCAAGGCAAGGUGAUUCCACUCACACAAGAUCCGCGAGACCAAGGCAUGUGCACCCUCGACAUCACGUUCGAGCAGAACGUCCAGCCAUCUGGCACGAAAUCCCUCGUGCCCCACCAGAAGCAGUCACAGACCCACACGGCGAACGCCGUCUGCUUUACGCUAGUGAGCGCGGACACCUGGCACAGGAGGCUUGGACAUCUCAAUGCUCGGAGCCUGGACAUCCUUACAAAGGACACGGGUACCAGGGUGGACUACCGCGACAGUCUCUCCCCUUGCGGGGUCUGCCAGAUCGCGAAACACAAGCAGUCCCCCUACCCGAAGCAAUCGACUCGCGAACUAUCACGGCCUGGACAGCUGGUGGUCAUCGACAACAUGGGGCCUGUUACUCCACCCGCGAAAUACAAAGGAGGCUCCUUCGCGUACGCGUGCAAGAUCACCGACGACUGCACGAAGAUGAAAGAAGUGUACCUGCUUCGCAAGAAAUCUGACACGACCGAGGCAGUGCACACNAACGACCGCGGUCGAGCCCAUGCUACAACGGGCCGCGUGGAGCCAUCCGGUCGUUCCUUCACUCAGCUGGCUGAUAUAGCCGAUCAAGCCCAGCUCCCGUGCCCUGGCGAUACUGAGGAUUUCGCCCACGUUGCGGAAGACUCCUUCACGGUGCCGCGUGCUCACGCCUGCGUCACGACCACUCACGAACACCACGAGAUCGUGGAGGAGACGAAUCAAGCGAUCGAAAUCCCCAACACCUACGACGAAGCCAUGAGCUCUCCCCAGCGCGAAGAAGGGAAAGGAGCGUGCAGCAAGGAAAUGGACAAUCUGUGGAAACACAAGUGUACAAUCUGGUGCCCCUCAGCAGCGUUCCCAAGGUAGAGAAGAUCCUCGGAACGAGAUUCAUCUUCAAGAAAAAUCUGGACGGACGCUUCAAAGCUCGCCUGGUAGUCGGAGGAUAUCGUCAAGAGCCAGGACAGGACUACGGAGGCAGCUACGCACCAGUAUGCCGUAUCGGGGGCAUUCGCAUGACGUGCGCCAUUGGCUGCCACAGCAAUUGGCCCAUCUACCAAUUGGACGUUGUCGGUGCCUUCCUCAACGCCCUCUGCGACAGAGAUGUGUACGUCAGACCCGCCCCCGGUACAUCCGCCAAGAACUCCGCGACGGGAUUACCCAUGGUGUACAAACUAGAACGGAGCCUCUA